AUAAUUCCAGAGCUAUAUGUUUCCUGCUUGCCAGGGUCAGCUGAGAACUGGAAGUCAUGAACAGGAAGACUGAAAUCAUGCCGUGUCAAACCGACUUGCUCAUGGAAGGAGAAAACAGCUGACUGAGGGGAACACCUCUGUUUAUUCCCCCAACAGGACCCUGGGAGUUAUAACAAAUUGUAACAGAUAGCAUGUUCAUGAAUUCAAUGCUGCUUUAUAAUACUGUGAAAAAAAGUAAUGAUGAAAAUGGUGAUUGGAUUGAUUCUGACAAUGGUUUUAAUGGUAGAAGCAGAUCCCAGAGUAAAGCGUUACCAAGUGGUUAAAGGCGAGACUGGAAGAUACAUCGGAAGGACUAAUCCCGGAGACCCAUUUAUUUGUCACUAUUACGUUCGUGGGAGAAAGUAUGAAAUCUCUGAUCAUUGUGAGGGUCAGAAUAGACAGGGAAUCAUUGUGGACGGGGUAAAAAUGUAUCCAUGGUCAUAUCCAGGCACAGGCUCAUAUCCAACUUGUGGUUCGCUGCCUAACAUAAGUAACGGUUACUGGGAAUGUCCCAUCGAUGUGUGGUCUGUGUCAGUGGAGGUGUAUGCUGUGUGUGCCGCCAAGUGUUUACGUGGAUACCAGCUGGAGGGGGAUGUUGUUGUACGUUGUCCAGAGUCUUUGACGUGGAACAUCUUUACUUCUCCAAAGUGCACUCCUAAGAAAGUGGUCUCUUCCACAGACCCACCUGGGAGGCCUGAACAAGUUCAUGUUCAAGUCGUGAACACCAGUGCUGUAAAUGUCAGCUGGACUUCACCAGUCAAGGACACAUCUAUCAUUGGUUACACUGUUCACAUCCAGUGUGGUGAUAACAUUCUAACUCAGAACUCCACAAAAAAUUCACUCAUCAUAUCUAACUUAGAGGUGAAGAAGAAUUACACCAUCACUCUCACUGCAUUUAACCAGUACAGGGCUAGUCAGCAAGGUGAACCAGCUUAUGUAGAAUUACCAGACCCCCCUGGGAGGCCUAAACAAGUUCAUGUUCAAGUCGUGAACACCAGUGCUGUAAACGUCAGCUGGACUUCACCAGUCAAGGACACGUCUAUCAUUGGUUACACUGUUCACAUCCAAUGUGAUGAUGUUCUUCUAACUUUAAACUCUACAACAGAUUCACUCAUUAUAUAUAACUUAGAGACGCUGAAGAAUUACACCAUCACUGUCACCGCAUUUAACCAGUACAGGGCUAGUCAGGAGAGUGAACCAGCUUAUGUUGAAGUACCAGAUUCCUGUCGAUUGUACAACCUGAGCUUCAUUACCCAUAUACCUUAUAAAGUAAUAGUGUAUUGGAAUGCAACAAUGGAGUGUCAGGAUAGGAACCUAACUCUUGUAAUGGCUAAUGAACAGGGUCAGAACAAUGCCAGGCAUUUGAAGAAAAACAUCAGCUUCCUGGUCUUUAAUAAGAUUGACCUUGACAUGGAUUACAAAGUCUCCGUAUUUAUAGAAGAGGAAGAGCUAAUCUCUGGAACAUUUAAAUCUGCAGCAAUCAACCCUCCUGCGAUGCCUGAACAAGUUCAUGUUGAAGUUUUGAACACCAGUGCUGUAAAUGUGAGCUGGACUUCACCAGUAAAUGACACGUCUAUCAUUGGUUACACUGUUCACAUCCAAUGUGGUGAUAACAUUCUAACUCAGAACUCCACAACAAAUUCACUUAUCAUAUCUAACUUAGAGGUAAAGAAGAAUUGCACCAUCACUGUCACUGCAUUUAACCAGUACAGGGCUUAUCAGGAGAGUGAACCAGUUUUUGUAGAAUUACCAGAAAGAAAGACAGAGGGAGAAGAUGAAACACAAAAAGACUUACUACCUCCAGUGAUAGCCAUAGCUGCAGUCUUUCUGUUGAUCACUUUAGCUAUAUGCAUACUAGUAAUUUGUUUGCUGUGGAAAAGGAGGAAAAAGUCUCCCAGAGAAGGGAGAGAAAGAGCAGAUUCAAGAGAAGAAAACAGAGAGAUGCUGGAAGCAUGUAAUAAUAAUACUGGUAUUAAAGUUGAAAAUCCUGCCCAUGAUCCCUCCAUGUUGGACAAACUACUUGUAGAGGAAUCUGAAUUUCAGCUACACAGCAAUCCAUCUACUCAAAGUAGUGGCUCCCAGGAAAUCCAGCUACACAGCAAUCCAUCUAUUCAAGACGGUGGCUCCCAGGAAAUCCAAUCUCCUAUUCCCUCCCUGGAUGUACAGUCCUUAAAUUCUUCAGAAGACAGUUUAGAACUCACAGAAGCACCAGAUCUCAACCAUCAUUCUCUUACUCAUCCCGAGGAAUCAUCCAGCUUUGGAAACAUUUCACAGUUUCAUAGUUCAAAUGAAGGACUUUCUUCUGUUCUUGAACAAAUUGAUAAAGUUGAACCAGUGAAUAGAUCUCAAAGUGGACACCAAAAGAGAGUGCUGGGAUCUGACUCUGGCCGGGGGUCUGUCGCAGGGACAAGUUCUACCACAUCAGAUCCUGCUGACUUUAAGCUGGGUUCUUCUCAGGGCAGUGACAAGUCACCUCAUGUGCCAAGUUACAAUCAUCAGUUUUCUGCGGACUCUGGCAGAGAAUCAGAAACAGACACUGGUGCGGAGAACUCUGUAAACAGGAGGUCCCAGCCAGACAAAGGAGCAAAGACUGCAGGAAUGAUUUGUGAUGCUAAAGAGGACACUCUUACUACAGUGGCUGUAGAGAAACAAUAUGGCUUACAAGCUCUGCCUUGUCUCACACACAUUUCUGAAGGGAGUAACGAAGACGAUUUCUCAGUGAAACCCAAUCCCGAGGAAUGUUCCAUCACCAUUGCAGCAUUUAUUGAUAGUCCUGACAGCUACAAUCAUCUGGAAGACUUAAGUGACUUACUGGAUCCUGACGAUUACUAUACCCCAGCAAAAAGCUGGAAGGGUUUUGCCAAAGAUGUAUUAGAAUUGGAAGACUACAAGAUUAUUGCCAUAGCUGCCAGAUGCAAAGGAGGCAGUCCAUUUCGGACAGAAGUUCUGGACAACAUGAAAGCCAAAGGAAUCAAGAUUGGACAUUUAGUAUCUUAUUUUACAAGGACUGAGCAUUUACGCCAAGAUGUGUUGAAAACAAUCACCAAAUUUCAUACAGGAUGUAAAUUCUGUGAUAUUUUAUUAACACAGCCCUAUGUGUGUGAUUCAAAGAAAAUGAAAUAGGAAGAUGAGACAGCUGCUGAGCAUUAGUUUUUGAGUUACAUAUGUUAACCAUGAAAUGCUGAAAAAAUGUGCAAUGCACAAAAAUGGUGCAAAUGGUCUGUGAUAUGCUUGGGCUUUCAAAAAUUGAAAAAGGAGUCCUACAAAAAUCCAUGUCAGAAGAGAAAAAUGAAUUGUCCAUGGCAAGUUGAUGAGUACCGGUAAAAGACAUUAACUUCUACUGUGAAAACCAGGAUGAGGCUAUAGUUCGCUAACUGCAAUGUUCAAUCAUGUUUACAUAUUGAUGUUGCAACAACCAGUCAAGGAUGUUAUAGCUAGGACUUCACACAAUGACAGGAUGAUAUUUAUAACUAACUAAAUGAGUUGUAGAGGGUGUAAUUUUAUAGAUAAGACUAGAGAGACUGAUAUUUAUAACUAACUAAAUGAGUUGUAGAGGGUGUAAUUUUAUAGAUAAGACUAGAGAGACUGAUAUUUAUAACUAACUAAAUGAGUUGUAGAGGGUGUAAUUUUAUAGAUAAGACUAGAGAGACUGAUAUUUAUAACUAACUAAAUGAGUUGUAGAGGGUGUAAUUUUAUAGAUAAGACUAGAGAGACUGAUAUUUAUAACUAACGCAAUGAAUUGUGGAGGGUGCAAUGUUGUAGGUAGGAUUGGACAAGAUGAUACUAGUAUAACAAUAGCUAUAAGUUGUGGAGGGUAUAAUUGUCAUGUUCUUGUGAAUUUAUUUAACUCGUCUGAAUUUGAUAAAACAGAGCUUGGCGAAACUUUGUUGUUAAAAAGGACACAAUUUUAUUGAUAUGUAUGAUGUAAUUAGUAAGUUUUAAAGAAAAAUUCUUGUUCAUUAAUGAUUUCUAAUUUAAAGAUUCAUGUUACAUAUGUAAUCACAUUCAAGACUGCAUAUAGUGUUCUUUAUCUUGACUGUAUUUUCAUAAUUGUAAUUACAGCAAAACUUGGUUAUAAGAAAGUUACUUGGACCCAUAAAAUAACUUCAUUAUAUCCGUAAUUCAUUAUAUCCUUAUAUGGACUUUGUUAAAUUGUGUAUAGCUGGGGAUCCAAGAUGACUUUGCUAUAUCCGUGAAUUUGCAUAUCUGUGUUUGUACUGAACGAGUUUUGCUGUAUCUUAAUGUAAACUUUUUUGUAAAAUUUUUCUUAAAAAUAAACUUAAUUCAAUAUAUAGGCAGCUAGAAUAUUCUGAAGUACAAAAUGAAAGUUUUUUUUUCUGAAUCUGUAUGUCCAUCUCUAUUACUUAAAACAGAUUAUGAGUUGUAUGUAGUGAGCUCUAUUUGAGUCUAGAAUGUAAAUAGUUAUGAGUAGUGCUGAUUGAAAGUACAGUUUUGUGUUUGUCAUGUACUCUGGGUUAGUUUUGUGUGCCUGGUCUUUAUGAAACAUAUUUUUUGUUAUUUAUUUAGAUCAGGUUUCCACUGCUUACACCAUUAUAUUUUGUAGAAG